AUGGAGCAACAACCGUUGGAUACGAGCAUCGAAGUGAAGCCGUUAGCGACACAACAACCACUUCACACGAGCGAAGUGAUACCAUUAGCGGCGGCGCAACCACUUCACACGACCGAUCUAGACGACGAAGACGAGAACGUCAAACAGCUCGAUGAAUGUUCUUCUCUCUAUCUCUUGAUGCAGGAUUGCGUUGUUCGUUCUAACAGGAAUUGGAAAGAAUGCCAGAAAGAAAUACAAGCUUUGAGGGAAUGCUCGGAAAACAGAAAGAAAAAUAAACCAGAAACGUGA